UGUAUAUAUAUGGAAGUCACGUACAACUCACAACGAUAAAAUGAAAACAAACAUACCAGCACGUUAAUUCGCACCUGGUGGCUACACCCUACCACACCGGAUUUGAUCGAUUCCCAUCAUGGCCGGCGACGCCGCCAACCACUCCGGCAUCGUUUUCCUGCUGCUCCUCCUGACCCUGCUGCUCCUCCCUUAUAACAUUCACGCAGCAAGGGCGUCCUUCUACAAAUCGUCGUCAGACGCAACGACAGCGCCGCCACCGCCGCUGCCAGAACAAGUUCAGCCGACCUUCAUCCAAGCAAUUGACGACCUAAGGCACGGGAUUCUUAGUAAAGAGUCUCUCGCCGUCGUCGAAGCACCCGCCCCCGCCCCCGCCUUCGCGGAUGCACCCGCCCCCGCCCCCGCCGAAGAAGCCUCCGCCACCGGAACCAAGACCCAAUGGCUCCCCUGGAACUAUCACCCUGAUAUGUAUGUGACGCGCGCAGAGCCCACGAGUAUGCAGGAGAGGAUUCAGGCGCUGUACGAGGAUGAAGUGUUAAGAAAGGAAUACGAAGAGAACCAGCGACUUGCCGCCGCGGAGAAGCAGCAGCAGGCUGCCACCAACGCUUAUAGUGAUACGAAGGCGGCCGCCGCGGCGGAGUUCACAACCGCAAAUGUGGAGGAGGACGAGGAGAAGGAUGAUGAGGAUUCCCGCGUAAAGUACACUAAUAAAUAUAGUGCAAAAAAUCAUUACUAUAAUACCAAUUACGAGACGGAGAACGAGCAAGAUGAGCCAUCAAACCACUACUUCACCGCUUCCAAGAACACACCCUCAACCUCAACCCCACCCCCACCCUUCUACUACUACUCACCCCCACCCCCUUCCCCACCCCCACCCACCUCCAAGUACUACCGUUCUGCUAGUUUCAAUACAAAGAGUGAAAGUGAUACCGGUGGCGCUACAAGAAUUCCAGCGACGGUCGAUGAAUCGGAGGAGGACAAGGACGAGGAUUUCAAGUACACUAAUAAAUAUAGUACAAAAAAUCAUUAUUAUAACAAUAAAAAUAAGCCCUCGCCGUCACCCCCACCACCCCACCUCCUUAAAUUACCCCCACCCCCACCCAAGUAUUACAGUUCUGCUAGUUUCAAUAAGGAGAGUGAAACCCGCGGCACCACAAUAAUUACUGCGAAGGUCGAUGAUCAAUCGGAGAAGCCGGACAAAACUUAUUACUACAAGGCGAACUACGAGGAUGAGAAAAAUACCCCACCAGUCGAUGAAAAAGAUGUCGCUUUCUAUUUCACUGAAAGCGCCAAUACUCAUUUGAAACCGCCGCCGCCGCGUAAAACCUCACCAAGUGCCACCAGAAUCUAUGCAACUUAUAACCAGAACAACAAUAUCCCGCCACAAAGCCACGGCGCCUCAAACACUAAUAAGUACAACCCUAGUAAUUAUUACAACAAUAAUUACCAGCGGCAGGAGGAGGAGAAAUCUGGAGCAGAACAGCCUUUCGGGAUGAGUGAUACCAGAAAACCAAGCAACCAGCUGAAUUAUCGUAAUACUAAUUAUAAUCCCACGCACACUACGGAAAGUUAUCAUAAUUUUGGUCAGGCGGACAUGACCACUUUGGACGAAGAAGACUUGCCCUAGUCCGUCCAGCCAAUCAAAACCGCCGCUGUUUUCAGUCCCGCUGCCGCCGCAAAUCUCUGUCUCGUUUUGUUGAGUAAGGACGUACGUACUAUUACUACUGUUGUUGUUGUGUCAUGGAUCGGGUUAAUUAAUUUUGUCUUGGACGGCUUCGACCGCCGCUGUACUGUGGUGGGUGGCCUGGAUCGUUACAUGUUGUUUCGUUAUUUGCUGUUUUUUGUGCUCGUUUUGUUGUUAACCCUUUAAUUUCUUUUGAAUGUAUCUCUUUCAUCCUUUGCUAUAUAUACGAAUUUAAGUGGUACGGAGUAUUAUAUUUAUGAAUUCUGAUAUGAAUUGAAGUGGAA